CCAAACCCGCACUGAUUUAUUUCUGUCAUAUUCAGUCCUCAUAACAAAUCCAUAUACACCAGCAAUCUCAAUGCAAAUGAAAUAUACAUUUUCCCGAAAAAAAAAAAUCAUAAUUAGUUUUUUUAUUACCCUUACUAAAGAAUUACACCAAGAAUAAAUAAAGAACAAAAACGAAUAAACAAAAAUAUAAAAAUGACAGCAAAUGAAAAUAGUAAUAGAAAAAUACACUCGUAGUCCACACACGAAACCUUUGCCAAUCCUAACUUCGAAUCAACGAAACCUUUGCCAGUCAUAACUUCGAAUCAACGAAACCUUUGCCAAUCCUAACUUCGAAUCAACGAAACCUUUGCCAAUCAUAACUUCGAAUCAACGAAACCUUUGCCAAUCCUAACUUCGAAUCAACGAAACCUUUGCCAAUCCUAACUUCGAAUCAACGAAACCUUUGCCAAUCCUAACUUCGAAUCAACGAAACCUUUGCCAAUCAUAACUUCGAAUCACGGUAAACUAGAUCCUGAAUUUUGCCAUAUUAGAAAAAAAAACAGUUUCAUUGACAUUUAGACAAAAAUUAAUCUAUGUUGGAGAGUCAAAUUACAAAAUAGAUCGCAAGAUUUUAUUUUCAUUUGGAACGUUUAUUUACAGAGAAGUUAUAUGCCCUAAUAAAAAAAUAAAAAAAAAUAGAAAGAAAGACUGUUAGAAAAUACUGGGUUAGGAUUUUUUUUUCUUCCAAAACUGGAAGUUGUUUGUUCAAAUUGUUCAUUCAAAGUACUUUUCAAAUUCAAGUUCUGCGAAGGUGUAGAUGAGGAUAAAUACAACUUUUUUUCCCGUGUCUUUCAGGUUUUGCUGAGAUGAACGAGAGCAGCUGUCUCCGUGUCGUUACUGGCCAUUGGCCGCCUUACAGCAUCUCGCGAAAUGUUGACCUUGGGGGAGCAAUGUUGCCCGUGUUGCAAGUUCUCGCAGACAAGCUGGAUAUGUGUUACAAACUCGUGUCAGCGCCCGCAGGAGGAUGGGGAACCAGGCUGGCAAACGGGUCCUGGACGGGUAUGAUAGGCAUGUGCGAACGCGGGGAAGUUGACGUGGUGUUGGGCCCCAUCGCCGACAGCACCGAGCGUUCCUUGGUGAUCGACUUCAGCACGCCGCUUUUUAUCGACAAGCAGAUCAUCACUUACCUGAGGCCUACUUUGGAGCCCGAUCUGGGCGGCUUCGUCAAGCCCUUUAAUCCGCUGAUAUGGAUACUAUUGUUCCUCAUAAGCGUGCUCGUUCUGGGUUCUACUUACGCCCUCCUCCUCCUUCGCUUUCGACUCUUUGGCGACGUGGCACCGUCAUCGAACUCUGGCACCAUUGUUCCGGCGCCGUGGCACCAGGACUUUCCUCAUCACGGUUAUUCUGACAGGACGGGGCGUGUGUUGCUCUGGACUUACGGUGUCAUGAUUACACAGUCCAUGUGGUGGUUCCCGCGCAGCAUGACGGGCAGAGUGCUGGGAGGGGCCUGGUUGCUCGCCGUUUUCAUCAUUGCAACGGUUUACAAGAGCAAUCUGAAAGCCAUGAUCAUUAUCCCCAAGGUCAACCUUCCCUUUACAACACUGGAGGAAAUGAUUGAACAGGACAAAAUCCCUUACAUGCUGAUGGGUGGUUCGCUCGUCUACGAUAUCUUUAAGCACGCAGAAAAGGAUUCGCUUUUCGGCCGCGGAUGGGAAGGGCACUCGGUCGCGGUCUGGAGUUACCUUGACGGCCUCAACAAGGUGCUGAAGGAAGGCUACGCUCUCAUUGUCGACCAGAACACCGUCAAGAACAUCCUGCACACCUCUUUCUCGCAGACAUCAAAGUGCCCGCUGUGGUUGACUCAGGAGGCCAUCAUGAGCUACAGGCUGAGCAUCGGUUUCCCCAAGGAUUCGCCGCUCAAAGACCGCGUCGACCCUGUAAUCCGGCGCUUGUUAGAACACGGCCUCAUGGACUACUGGCUGCAACAAGAACUCAUAAAUUCCACAAGUUGUCUCAUUCCUCCUGGCUCAGAGACGCCCGAACAGCGGUCCCUCCAACUGCAAGAUCUGUAUGGCGUUUUCUGUUUAUAUCUUGCAGGCACUGCAUUGUCCCUAUUAGUUUUUGUUCAAGAGGUGUUUGUUGCCAAGCUGUCCCGGCGCCAUCUCAAGCACCUGGAGAUACCGGCUGUUAAAUCUGUUACCUUCGAUCAACCCAAUUUCGACAACAAUUAAUGUAGAAGAAAAACUGGCUAUCACCUUGGUCCCUCCCAAAUGUUCAACGGAAAUGUUUAGAAAUGCAUUAUUUUUUAAAAUGUUCACUCCCCCCCCCCCCCCAACUACGGGAUAGAUUGCACCCUGCAACAGAGUAAAACACGAUAUGCACAUCUGUGUAAAAUUUGACACAAUUUAAGUUAAGUUGUGUCAAAAUUAAUGACAAAACGCCGGUCGGUAUUAUUCUGUGCAUAUUUUUUUCCUGAAAAUUACCAUGUAUUUGUACGUUUUUUUCCCAGACACAUUGAAAGCUUUAAUCUACCAACUACACUGAUGCCAUGCUUGUAACCUAAAUCACCAUAACUAUGCUAGAGAUUGUGAUAUAGUAUUUAGAAAAUGCUUCUAAAUAGAUAAAAAUAUCCACUA